AUGGAAACCUGGAGAGAUCGCUUAAUAAUCUUGCAGAGGUUAUAUAAUCUUCGGAAUGAGCCUGGAACACGCCUAAUGGAGUUAAUUUACACGGUUUAUAGUCCUGUGAGGGAAAACUUUGUUGUGGAGAAAGUGCUAGCUUGCUGUGGAGGAGUGCUGAGCCGGUCGAUAUCGCGAUGGAUGAGUGGCUUUGAAUUGGAUCAGUGUGAUCUGCAGAUGAUUGCUUCCUGUCCUCAACGAGGUUAUCGGCUGGUGUGGAUUCCUCCCUUUUUUCCUAGGUGGAUCGCUGAAUACAUUUUGAAAACCGGGAAGUCAUGGAGGUCAGUGGAUGUGCGUAAAAGCUCGGAAAAUUUGGAUAAGGCUCGAGCAAUUGUUGCUUCCCAGUUGGAUUCAAAAUGUCUCUAUCUUCCCAGCGAGCGCCAUAGAUUAGAAUACGUGGUACGCGAAGCGUGUGGCCUCGUAUGUGGUAGCGUUGUGCGCAGCUUUGUGGAGGAGCCUACAUUUGUUGGAUCAUUGAACGCUGCUCAUUGUUUCUUUCUGCUCCACGAUCCUCAGUUCUCCCUUUCGUUGUAUCGUCAGUUCUGUGAGUGCACUCAUGGGCUUCGUAGUAAACUAUCACAGCGUGAUGCGAGCAAUGCGUUGAUUGCUGCGGCAGCUUCAUCAAAAACUGCACAGCGUUUUUCUUUCCCAUUCAAUCUAGAAGCUCUCUCUUCGAUCAACGACACUCCGAAUACCUCUUCCCGUUUACAAUACGAGUCCCUAUUUCACUUUGUGUGGCCAGUGGAAAUGAGUUUAUUUAUGAUUUCUGAGCAUGCAAGUGCUUUCGGGCAGACAGCUGCUCGAAUGAGCAGGGCUACUACUAAUGACUCCGUGAAAGCGCUUCGCCUAACAUCAGCUUUAUUAUCGUUCUGUGAGCGUAUUCUUCUUCGAAUCCGUAUCUAUAUAGCUGAAGUGGUAGACCAGUUUUUCAAAAGACUUCGAAUUUGGAUUGAUGAUGCUAUAGAUUUGGAUGCUGUGGUGGAGGCUCACAAUAAGUAUCUCGAUGGUCUGAGCGCUGCCUUUUUCAUGAACAACGAAACGGAGGUGACUUUCUAA